CAGCAUCGUUGCUCGCUCGUUGUAGUAAACUCUCUCCACGCAUCACUUCGUUUUCGUUCUCUUAGCAAUCAUGGCCGAAGUGGAAGAAACUCCGAUGGAGGAACAACCUGUUGAAGAACCCCAAGAGGAGUUCGAGGAGGAAGAGGAAGAAGAAUUUGUUGUCGCCGGUGGAGCAACCGAGAUCAAGCUAUUCGGAAAAUGGAGCUUUGAUGAUAUCGAAAUUCGUGAUAUUUCUCUGGUGGAUUACAUUGCCUGCAAGGGAGACCACGCGACUUAUUUGCCGCACACUGCUGGACGUUACCAAAAGAAGCGUUUCCGCAAGGCUUCGUGCCCGAUUGUGGAGCGUCUUGCUUGCUGCCUGAUGAAGAAGGGCCGCAACAGCGGAAAGAAGCUCAUGGCGGUACGAAUCAUUCAACACACCCUCGAAAUUAUCCACCUGUUGACGGACCAAAACCCCGUGCAGGUUGUCGUGGAUGCCAUUAUCAACUCGGGUCCCCGUGAAGAUUCCACUCGUGUCGGUGGUGCCGGUGUGGUCCGUCGUCAGGCUGUGGAUAUGUCCCCUUUCCGUCGCGUCAACUACGCUCUUUACUUGUUGGCUACCGGUGCGCGGGAAGCGUCCUUCCGUAACUUGAAGACCAUGGCCGAGUGCCUGGCGGAAGAACUCAUCAACGCCGCCCGUGGGUCUUCUAACUCUUACGCCAUUAAAAAGAAGGACGAAAUUGAACGUGUUUCCAAGUCGAACCGUUAAGCACUUAUUUCAAGAAAGUAUAAAAGUAAACGAGUUUUUCACGCCCC